CGCUCUACUCGCCGGGAAGGCGGCGCCGGCGGCGGCUGCUCUCGCUGCGCCCGCUCCCGCGCGCUGCCUCCCGCCGCGGGUGGGCUCCGCAGCCCCCUGCCGGCAGCCGCGACCCCGCGCCUCUCCCCGGCGGGAGGCUGACCGGCGCGCGUGGCUCCCUUCUCCCAGCCGCGGCUCUCCGGUGGAGCUGGCUCGGGCACCCAACUUUGCCAUCUCUGCUGCGGUCCCCGCUCAGUUCGAGCCUGCCCCCUCGCCGGCCGGCCGCGAGCCCGGGGACCGUGCGCCUGGCGGCCCCGCGCGUGCCCCCAGCCCGGAGCGCCGCGGGUAGGGGGCGGCGGCGGCUGCCUCGACUUCUCUCGCCCGCUCUGAAGCUUGUCCGGCCGGAAGCUGAGGACGCUCAGGGCGCCCAGGCGCUGGAUGCCCGAGCGCGCCCUGCACCUGCGUUGGCGUGUGAGAGUUGGGCUGGCGUGCCCAUGCGGCCGUGGCGUCUCCGUGUGAUUCAUGACUGAAGAAGCGUGGCCCCCACCGUGUCUCUCCUUGGUAAGGACGACGUCUGCUCGGGAAGUAAGGCGUCCAGAUGGUUUCUAGGUCGAGGCCCUUUUCACACAUGAGGGGAGGACCAGCCUCCGGCUAGAAGACGAGCACCCCGUGUCGGAGACCCGCUGCGCACCAUGAAGGGAGCCUGCAUGGUCGCCUGGCUGCUCUCGAGCCUGGGGGUGUGGAGACUCGCCCAGCCCGAGCCCCGGGACGCCGCGCGGUGCCAGAGGGCUGAGCACCCGGUCAUCUCCUACAAAGAAAUUGGCCCCUGGUUGCGCGAGUUCAGAGCGAAGAAUGCUGUGGAUUUCUCGCAGUUAACAUUUGAUCCAGGACAGAAAGAACUUGUUGUAGGAGCAAGAAACUACCUCUUCAGGUUGCAACUGGAAGACCUGUCUCUGAUCCAGGCCGUGGAGUGGGAGUGUGACGAAGCUACCAGGAAGGCCUGUUACAGCAAGGGCAAGUCGCAGGAGGAAUGUCAGAACUACAUCCGGGUGCUUUUGGUGGGCGGCGACCGGUUGUUCACCUGUGGGACCAACGCUUUCACACCUGUCUGCACCAGCCGCUCGUUGAGUAACCUGACGGAGAUCCACGACCAGAUCAGUGGCAUGGCCCGCUGUCCCUACAGCCCCCAGCACAACUCCACGGCGCUGCUCACGGCCAACGGGGAGCUGUACGCUGCCACGGCCAUGGACUUCCCGGGACGCGAUCCCGCCAUUUACCGAAGCCUGGGCGUUUUGCCACCUCUCCGUACGGCGCAGUACAACUCCAAGUGGCUCAAUGGAACAGCAUCGCUGCCUCGGCCGUGUGCAUCUUCAACCUCAGCGCCAUCUCGCAGGCUUUCAACGGGCCCUUCAAGUACCAGGAGAACUCCCGCUCUGCCUGGCUGCCUUAUCCCAACCCCAACCCCAACUUCCAGUGCGGCACCGUGGACCAGGGCCUGUACGUGAACCUGACCGAGAGGAACCUGCAGGACGCUCAGAAGUUCAUUCUCAUGCACGAAGUGGUGCAGCCGGUGACCACCGUGCCGGCCUUCAUGGAGGACAACAGCCGCUUCUCCCACGUGGCCGUCGACGUGGUGCAGGGCAGAGACACCCUUGUCCACAUCAUGUAUCUGGCCACAGACUACGGCACCAUCAAGAAAGUGCGGGCGCCGCUCAAUCAGAGUUCGGGCAGCUGCUUGCUGGAGGAGAUCGAGCUGUUCCCGGAGAGGCGGCAGGAGCACAUUCGGAGCCUGCAGAUCCUGCACAGCCAGAGCGUGCUGUUCGUGGGCCUGCGCGAGCACGUGGCCAAGGUGCCCCUGAAGCGGUGCCAGUUCUACCGCACGCGCAGCACCUGCAUAGGGGCCCAGGAUCCUUACUGCGGCUGGGACGUGGCGAUGAAGAAAUGCACAAGUCUCGAGGAGAGCCUGAGCAUGACGCAGUGGGAGCAGAGCACCUCGGCCUGCCCGACCAGGAACCUCACCGUGGAUGGACACUUUGGCGCGUGGUCCUCGUGGAUGCCCUGCACACACACGGACGGCGGUGCUGUCGGACCCUGCCUGUGUCGGUCCCGUGCCUGCGACAGCCCGGCCCCGCAGUGUGGCGGCUGGCCCUGCGAGGGCCCCAGCGUGGAAAUCGCCAACUGCUCCAGGAACGGCGGCUGGACCCCCUGGACCUCGUGGUCGCCCUGCAGCACCAGCUGUGGGAUUGGCUUCCAGGUGCGGCAGCGGUCCUGCAGCAACCCCACUCCCCGGCACGGGGGCCGCGUGUGCGUGGGACAGAACCGCGAGGAAAGAUACUGCAACGAGCAUCUGCUGUGCCCCCCCCACAUGUUCUGGACGGGCUGGGGUCCUUGGGAACGGUGCACAGCCCAGUGCGGGGGCGGCAUACAAGCACGUCGCAGGACCUGCGAGAACGGGCCCGACUGCGCAGGCUGCAGCGUGGAGUACCAGCCUUGUAACACCAACGCAUGCCCCGAGCUGAAGAAGACCACCCCCUGGACCCCCUGGACCCCUGUCAACAUCUCUGAUAAUGGCGGCCACUACGAGCAGCGCUUCCGGUACACGUGCAAAGCCCGCCUGCCCGACCCCAACUUGCUGGAAGUGGGGAGACAGAGGAUUGAAAUGCGAUACUGCUCCAGUGAUGGGACCAGCGGCUGCUCCACAGACGGGCUCUCUGGCGAUUUCCUGCGUGCUGGGAGGUACUCUGCCCACACUGUCAACGGCGCGUGGUCAGCCUGGACGUCGUGGUCACAGUGCAGCCGGGACUGCAGCAGGGGCAUUCGGAACCGGAAGCGUGUGUGCAACAACCCUGAGCCCAAGUAUGGGGGGAUGCCUUGCCUAGGCCCAUCCCUGGAAUACCAGGAGUGCAACAUUUUGCCCUGUCCAGUGGACGGCAUGUGGUCCUGCUGGUCCUCCUGGUCACAGUGCUCAGCAACGUGCGGCGGCGGACACUACAUGAGGACCCGGUCGUGCACAAACCCAGCCCCUGCCUACGGAGGAGACAUCUGCCUGGGGCUGCACACCGAAGAGGCCCUCUGCAACACACAGCCCUGCCCAGAGAGCUGGUCCGAGUGGUCAGACUGGACCAUGUGCGAUGCGUCCGGAAUCCAGAUCCGCGCCCGCCAGUGCAUCCUCCUAUUCCCCGUGGGCAGCCAGUGUUCGGGAAAUGCUACUGAGAGCCGGCCAUGCGUUUUUGACUCCAAUUUCAUCCCAGAAGUAUCUGUGGCUAGAUCCAGCAGCGUAGAAGAGAAAAGAUGUGGAGAGUUCAACAUGUUCCACAUGAUCGCCGUGGGGCUGAGCAGCUCCAUCCUCGGCUGCCUCCUCACCCUGCUCGUCUACACCUACUGCCAGCGCUACCAGCAGCAGUCCCACGACGCCACCGUCAUCCACCCAGUCUCCCCUGCCCCUCUCAACACCAGCAUCACCAACCACAUCAACAAACUGGACAAGUAUGACUCGGUGGAAGCCAUCAAGGCAUUCAACAAAAACAACUUGAUCCUAGAGGAAAGAAACAAGUACUUCAACCCCCAUCUCACUGGGAAGACCUACUCUAAUGCCUACUUUACAGAUCUCAACAAUUAUGAUGAGUACUAAUAGCUCUUAUAUUUUUGGCUUCUUGUAAAUCCCCAGUUCCUAAAGGCCUGUGCUCCAUGACUGCCCCUAAUCCUGAGGCUUCAGAGAUGAAGUCUGGAUACAUUUCAAGUAUGUUUCCAGCCACAAGUGUCCCAUUGUUACCAAAAAUACGCAUCCUCACCAGCUAUGACGUCAUGAAAGUCUGGUCUGCUGCUGGCUGAGCCAUGGUAUGCAGUAUUUUCUUGUGUUUGCCCAUUUCUCCAAACAACUCCAUGGUUUCCUUGGGCUUUGUUUUUGUUCCAGAGAUGGGGAGGGAUCUUAUGAAAUGCAAUUGUCCUCUUGCUUUUGAGUGUAAACCUUCAUGAUUUUUUAGUUCAAGAAAAUAGGCACUUUAUCUGAGAGCCCCCUUCCCUCCACCAGGGCCAUGGUGUUUGAGUCAAUGAAGACAGUGUGGCCCAACAGUUCUUUCCCAGGGAGCUCCCAUUCCCCCCACUGGGACAGUACUGUGGAUUCUUGGAAGCAUUUGCAUUUGGACUUGGAAUGAUUCUGGUCCGGGAAGCCCAGAGUUUCCACCGGACCUGCACCUGCGGAGGUGAAGGUCACCUGUGAGGCCUGCACCUUGGUCUGGAGGCAGUGCCGGUGCCUUCAUGGAGGAGGUGUGUGUGCAGAGCAGAGGUGCAGCCCCACUGCGACACAGCCGUGCUCUGCCUCACGGCGACUGUGGAUUUCGUGGCAUUCAUGUGAGCUCCUUGCCAGGAACCUCACCUGUCUGGGCUAUAGUGGCGUCCCGAAGAGCCAGUCUGCAAAAUAACCGCUUCAAUACAUCCUUGCCGCCCAUCUCCCUGCAAAGAAAAACCGUGCACAUUUGUGACACCAACGAGGGAAACUAUCCCAGUACCGAACUAGAACCGAACAUUAAUUCUCCGAGCUAUGGAAAGUAUGAAAGAACUGACAUUUCAUGAGAAGCAGUGUUUUGUUUUCCAUCUCCCGGAUGUAAUUCAUGUGUGGCAAUCAGCCCCUUCCAAGAGCAUUAAUGAGACAUGAACCUGGCUCUCUGGAGCCUGUUGUUUUCCACACUGAAGCUGCCCUAGUGCCACGGGGCCACUUGCUGCCUCCAGGCCAGGGGCGGAGUCUGCUUAGCUCUGGUGCCUUUUCCUUUAUCUCAGUGCUGCCUUCCUGCCCAUCCAGUCCCUCCCAACCCCACCUGCUGUCCACCCAAUCUGUCCAACCCCACUUCUCCCUGCAAGGAGGCCAGAGAAGUUCAAGACACACCUAAGAAGCUGCAGAUGCUGAAGUUGAGGUUUUUAAUGGUCCCAGAGGUCUCAGCCUUGAACCUUAAUCAGCAUUUCAGGCGUUGUGAGACCAUUCAGAGAGGCCUUCAGAACAAAAGACAAAUUACUCCCAAACAACUGGUACUCAGCAAAUAGACAUUUGGUCCAAUAAUUAUCAAAAGCGAGAAUGAGAUUGUAAGUGUUCCCAUGAUGCCUCUGGGCUCUGAUAGAGGCCUGGGGAAUCACCAAAACCACGUCCUGACCGGUUUGGCACCUGCAGUCCUGCCAACACAUGUAGUGGGAGCACUGAGGAGUGCAGGAUUCUGUCAGCAUUUGUGUUUUCACCCUGUUCCAUUAAAAAAAAAUCAGAAAGUGCUGGAAAAAUCCUGUCCCCAAUGAAUAGUUCAACAUUUACCCAAAUUUGCAGAAAGGACUCUUUAAAGAUUAAAACGGCAGGUGGGGUGUGGGAGGCAGAUGGCUGGCACGCAGCGUCUCCGUGUCCGCCUCCUGCAAGGCUUACUCACAGUGGAAGCCACCUCUGCCACGUCCACGGACUCCCGGGCCACGUUUGGUGGCCAAGGCUCGGCAGCUGCCUUCCUCCUGGUUCCUGGGCUGGACUUCGCAUGCUUCAGCCCCUUUCUUUCCUAGAGGAAGAAACAUCCUCACCGUGUACUGCAUUUGAGCUGUUGUAGAAAUUACGCCCCCACCCCCAGCAUUCUGUAAGUGAAAAGGUCGUUUUGUUUCCUCUGGGAAAGGAUAGCGUCACGGGACUUGGUAGGAAAUGCUGGCUAAGGAUCUCACGCAGUGUUUGCAGUGAGUGGGGCACUCAACCCCAGCGCAGAAUUGCCUCAUGAUGACAACAGGGGCCUCACCUGUGUUUGUGCUCCAACACUGUGUUCAAACGGGAAUUGUUUCUCUUUAUCUCACAGCAUAGCAGUUCGUUUAGAAUAAUUUCAUGUAUGCUCCACGUGGGUUACUUAGCUUAACAGCAUGACUUCUGUUUUCCACUGCAAAGCUUUCACUCCCACGCAUCUGCUUCAUACUGCAGACUUCCUGGCACACGAACCCUCCUGUGGUGGGACCACAGGGGCUCCUGGGGGAAACCGUGGUCAGAUCGGGUUCAUGGGGGCUCUCCCAGUGAGCUCCAUGAUGGGCUCAGCCACAGGACGCCCCCCUCCAGAGAAGCCUACCUACAAAGCAGGGGCUUUCCUGCUUGUAUGGGACCUGUGAGUCCCAUUUAGCGUUUCUGAGUUUCUGUAUUCCCUCUCUCUUUCUGCACAAGCAACACAAGGAGACACUAAUAUUUUUAGGCUGCACCUCUUGGAACCUGAUUUAACCUGAAUAGAGUUGACCUUUGGUUUCCAUCAGGGAGCCUUCUUCCUUUGUAGAUGUCAGUGCCUCCCAGUUUCUCCAGUGCUUGUUCCGCCAUCAGUCCUGUAGGAAGAGCAGAAUUCUACCUGUGGACACUGCACGGCCUCCCCAAGGGCUCCAGGGACAAGAAUCUGGAUGGGGGGGGGGUUGCUUUAUGCCUCCUGAAUGAAAUUCAGUGAACUCCAGGAAACUGAGGGCACUAGAACUGGCUGGGUGGAAAAGCCACAGUCCGCAGACUCCCUUCUCACUCCAGGACAUCUCUGUGUCACUGCCCCUUCAAAACAAGGCACUGAAAUUCCCCUGCUGCCGGAGGUUUCAAAACCUGCUCCAGUAGACAACGAAAAGCAUUAACAUGGGCCAGAGUAAACCAGGGCUUCGUGUGUGUGCGUGUGCGUGUGCGUGCGUGUGCGUGUGCGUGUGGGAUUCCAAAGGCAGUGAAGAGCAGGCACAGUGAACGGGCUGAGGGCAUCUUUGCCCUGGAGAAGCCUCUGUCCUUAGGAAGCACUGGAGUAAACACAGAGUCUGGGCUGGACGAUACCAGAGAGAAGAAAAUGGGUGAAAUGGCCAGAUAAGCAGGUGACUUGACAAAGUGGUCACGCCUAAGCAAGUGGGGUGUGGGGGGCAGGGGCACAGGCCAUCACCCUCAUGCCCUGUCCUCUGAGCCUGACCCUUGGACUCUUCCAGCAUACAAGACUUGUAGCCAAGGGUGUUCUUAUUUCCUUAUUUUUCUGCCAAAAUAAAAAUCACGGGAGUCAAAACCUAUUUGAGUAGUUACAUCAGAGUCUUCGGCAGAACUAUCAGGUCUCACAUUCAAAAUCUUGGACAAAGCUCGGGGGUGUCCCUGGCCCGAAGAUCCCACCUAAGGGGAUAAAUUAUAAUUGAAGAUCAAAAGAAGUUUUACCUUAAGACUAGAUCAGUUCUACACGAGCUAAUUGUUUCGUCUGAACACAGCUUGUUUGAAUUUACAGAGGUCUUUAUGCUGCUUUACUUGGUCUUCGUUUUUCUUGGUUUUAGAAUAAAUCAUCAGUGUUUCCCCAACACUGCCAGGCUCCUUUUUCCUCAACACUGCUCCAGGGAAAGCAGCCGUCUUUAGCCUCAGUGCGUCCUUUACCCAUCAGUGGGGCUUGGCUUUGAGGAGUUUAGGGUGACUCCAUUGAGUUUCUCCCAAAGGGGCUAUCCAGAGCCACAGAGACCGAUGUUUGGUACCACAAGGUGCAUGUGAGAACAGCCAUUUUCCAAGUGACAGGACUGUGCCUAGGUCUCAGAGCCUCAACAACCGACUCCCAUGGAGAUAUCAGAUUAAAAUGCUAACUUUAAACCAACUCACUGGCAAAACCUUUGCCAUUCUCUUUCACAGACAGCAUUGGUCACGCCCAGCUGCUUCCGUCAUCCUCACUUCCUCACUGCGCCGUGACACACCAGGAAAUUUACGCUGGCUUUUCAGUAUUCAGUUACCUAGGGUGCUCUGAACUCAGACACUAAAAGCCAUUCUGAGCACUUUACGUCUUUGGACAACGGUGUGAGAGGGGAGACUGUAAAGUAACGCUCACUUUGACCCAAAAAAGGCACAAAGUAGAAUGCCAGGCACAACACAGUACCAUGUAAGAUAAAAUAUUUAGAAACCAGGGCCAGUAUGGACUUCAUGUCUGAUUUUCUUCUCCUGAUGCCACUGAUUUAAAGAUGUUUUGUAACUACAAAUACUGAGCCAAGGAAUUCCGGUUAUCUCCAGAUAACCUAAUAAAAAUAUUUUACUUUAAUCUUUCUUUUCUCUUUUGGAAAUUGCAAAGUAAAAAAAAAGAUGAAACAUGCGAUUAUUGGUAGUGAUUAAAAAAUGAUUACGGAAUUACAUUAAAGAGGCAUCAUAUAUAUUUUUAGGCAGAUGGGUGAAAAUUUUGCUCAGUGGUCACAUUUCAAAAAAUAUCAGGAGUGGAGACCUGUUCUCUUUGAAAAUGCAGUUCCCACUGCAACAUCACUUAUGCCAGAUGCAGAGCCUGACACAAAGCGGACAGUCCCCAGUAAAGCUGCCUCCUACAGUCUUUUAGAAAGACCAUAUUCUCCCUUAGAAGUCAGCCAAGCUUCUACUCAGAGUCAAUGCCAUUCUUGCUCAAGAAAACCUAUUGUACUGUUGAUACAAAGAACGUAACUAGUCUAGGACACUUUGAGAGCUGGAAGGAGAAAAUCGCCUGGUGGCAUUUCUUACACUAAAUCACAGGUCAGGAAAGGAAACGUAUGCCACCUCUUCAUCUUUAGUCAGAAAUGCGAGGCCAGCAGUUCAGAUACUAUCCUUUCCCUUCUCAGCUUUCUGACAACUUAGUGCCAAAGUGGCCCAAAUGUUAGCUGGAUUAUAGGAAUAAAAUAGUUUAAAUGUUAGGUAAGUAUGUGGGGACUUCAAAAUUUUUACAGAAAAAUAGAAUGCAAAGAUAACGCACAUGUUCCAUGAGCUAUCUGAAGUGCCUAGUGCAAGUAGAAAUUUGGAGAAAUCUAUCCUUUUGUUGCAAAAAAGAACAUUGUUAGCUUCCCUCCAUGUGAAUGUGAAUGGUUUAGUUUCCUGCACAAGUCCCCCGUGUCUUGCCGAAGAUGAUGCUGUACCAUUUCACCUGAGUAUUACCAAGUCCAAUUAAAGUCGGAGGAUUGAUUGGCUACACUCUAAAGAAAAGUGUUCUGUUUGCCUCUCUGAACUCAGGAAUCACCAAAAAGCACACCACCUUCACAUGUGACUUUGCCCCCACGGGGGACCUAGCUAUGGAUCAGGUGCACAGGUGUGUUUAGAAUUGACGUUAGGCCAGUCUCAGCCUUCCAGAAAUGCAUCACUCUAGUUCCUACAUCUUCCACAAAAUACCCUCAAGUUCCGUAUUAAGAACCACUGUAGAAGUUAGAGAGUUUUGUUUCUGUUUCCCUUCAGGCAAGUCCAUAGGCAGAGAAAUGACACAUGGCAGGUAUGGUGAGUGUGGGAGGAGAACCACCAAAAUCACCUUAUUUUAACCUUCAGAAGUCAGUGUCAAAACUUGAAUUGCUCCACAAGUUCGCAAAAGGUGUUGAUCUUAAUGUGGGCUGGAAAUACAGCAGUGUGUUCUCUGGAAAAGCCAACUGCCUUUCCCUUAUGACUAUGGGAUGAAAUCAAGCUUCAACCUCCACACCUGGAAAGCACAGUAUGACCCUUCUGCCCAUGCACCUAGACCAGCCAUGAGACUGUCACCUGUGGUCCAAUGAUUUCUCAAAACCAUGUAGCAAACUUUGCGUCAUGCCACUCGAAACCACUUUUGAUGUUAUGAAAUGUUAUAUGCCUCAUUCUGUGUUUAUUUGCUGUUGCUUGUUUUGUGAUACAAAAUAAACUUAUUUGGGAUUGUU